UAGUGUAGGAAUUUCCGGUUACGUCAGGGCGUCAGGACACCAUUAGAGCUGCAGCUGAUUUGAGAGAAACAACAACAAAAAACGGGCUAACUGACAGCGCUCUCAUAGUGACAGUCCGCUCUGAGCCAGACAACGAGGCCUCAAAUCUGGAAGCGUAACCUUAAUUUCCCACCCGGAGCUCCGCCGGCUUCUAACCACGGCCGCUCUCGGUGAGGAAACUCUGGCCUCCGCUUCCUCCUCCUCCGACUCGGACACCGGCGGAGCGUCGCCGCCCCCGCGGAAGAAGCACCGAGCCUCGGCGGCGGAGGGAGCAGGAGAGCCCGGGGCUUCAGCAGAUAUAACAGGCCUGUCCGGAAUUGUUUUAGGACUUGCUGCUCACUCUCCGCACUCUCAAGCCACCUCUGCCAUCCACUUUAACCGAAGUGUCGUCAACAACCUCAGCAGCAGCAUGCAGGCAAACGGGGCAGGACAGGGACAAGAAUCUACAGAGCUCUCCUGCCUUAACAGCGCACAAAACGGGGAGUCAUCCUCGGCCGGGGGAACCCACUCCAACGGGCUGCUCUCCAGCACAGACAACGGGAACAGCGUCGGCACCAGCAACGGCUCUUCAACCGGCCCCGUGUCGGGGACUUCGGCUUCCUCUGCGGCCUCGGGCUCGGAGGUCGGCGGCUCUCUGAAGAAGAAAAAACGACUAUCGCAGGCGGAGGAAGAUGUCAUACGAUUAAUAGGGCAACAUCUCCACGGGCUGGGGCUGAAUCAGACAGUGGACCUGCUGAUGCAGGAGUCAGGCUGCCGACUCGAACACUCCUCAGCUACCAAGUUCCGCAAUCAUGUCAUGGAGGGAGAGUGGGACAAGGCUGAGAAUGAUCUCAAUGAGCUGAGAGCACUGAUGCAUUCUCCCAAUGCUAUUGUGCGUAUGAAGUUCCUGUUGCUGCAGCAGAAGUACCUAGAAUAUCUGGAGGAUGGCAAAGUCCUGGAGGCUCUGCAGGUGCUCCGGGGGGAGCUGACGCCGCUCAAGUACAACACAGAUCGCAUCCACGUACUAAGCGGGUACCUCAUGUGUAGCCAUGCUGAGGACCUGAAGGCCAAGGCAGAGUGGGAGGGCAAGGGCACCGCGUCACGCUGCAGACUGCUGGACAAAUUACAGACGUACCUGCCACCGUCUGUGAUGCUGCCCCCUCGGCGGAUGCAGACCCUCCUGCGGCAAGCAGUGGAGCUGCAGAGGGACCGCUGCCUCUAUCACAACACCAAGCUGGACAGUAAUCUGGACUCGGUCUCUCUCCUCCUCGAUCAUGUCUGCAGCAGGAAGCAGUUCCCAUGUUACACUCAACAGAUUCUGACAGAGCACUGCAACGAGGUGUGGUUCUGCAAGUUCUCAAAUGACGGCACCAAACUAGCCACCGGCUCCAAAGACACUACAGUCAUUAUUUGGCAAGUGGACCCGGAGAGCCACCAGUUGAAGCUGCUGCGGACCCUUGAGGGUCAUGCAUACGGCGUCUCCUAUUUAGCCUGGAGCCCCGACGACACCUACCUGAUCGCCUGUGGACCCGACGACUGCUCUGAGCUGUGGCUCUGGAAUGUCCAGACGGGGGAGCUGCGGACCAAAAUGUCCCAGUCCCAUGAAGACAGUCUGACCAGUGUGGCAUGGAACCCUGACGGCAAACGCUUUGUCACCGGAGGACAGAGGGGACAGUUUUAUCAGUGUGACCUGGACGGUAACUUGUUGGACUCCUGGGAGGGCGUGAGGGUGCAGUGCCUGUGGUGCCUGGGCGAUGGCAGAGCAGUGCUGGCCUCAGACACCCACCAACGUAUCCGGGGGUAUAACUUCGAGGACCUUACGGACAGAAACAUAGUUCAGGAGGACCACCCCAUUAUGUCUUUUACUGUUUCAAAGAAUGGAAGAUUAGCUUUGUUAAAUGUAGCAACUCAGGGAGUGCACCUGUGGGACCUUCAGGACCGGGUGCUGGUGAGGAAAUACCAAGGUGUGACCCAGGGCUUCUACACCAUCCACUCCUGCUUUGGAGGACACAACGAAGACUUCAUUGCCAGUGGCAGCGAAGACCACAAAGUGUACAUCUGGCACCGGCGGGGCGAACUUCCCAUCGCUGAGCUAACGGGCCACACGCGCACCGUUAACUGUGUGAGCUGGAACCCGGCCAUCCCGGGACUCAUGGCGUCCGCCUCAGAUGACGGCACAGUGCGUGUCUGGGGUCCUGCACCCUUUCUCGACUCGCAAGAGGCGGACGGACUCAACGAAAACUGCAGUAACAUGGACAGUUGAUGGUCACUUAUGGAGCAGAUGACAUCUCUCUUUAACAAGAAUCCAAGAAGAAAACUAAAUCUAAACGGGCAAACAAAAAUCCAACACCAACCUAAAGCAAGACACGAAUAACAAAUUUAAAAAAAAAAAAAGUCACCAAGACAAAACAAGAAAACAAAAGUGAGAAAAAAAUGUGUCUCCUUACUGGCCUAGAGAAAAACGGUUGCGGGGAUGGCGGACCCUCUGAAAAUUCAGGUCCUCAACUAAAACCUGAUUCCCUGACCAAGAGGGAAACUGGUCAAUACCCAGCGGGAUACAAUCGCCAUCCACUGGUGAGCUGGAACGGCUGUUCUCCUCCUCCAACUGACCCUCCUUUCCCCCACCCCACCCCCCCAUCACGCUGCAUGGUCACCAGCCAUGCCAGGUCCUCGCAGAGAUUCCCAGGAAACCCACGUCCACCUUGAGCUCGAAGGUCCCGGUGAUGCCUCCAGACAGACGUCGCAGACCAGCCCGUCCAUCAUUGGCCCACAUCUGUCUGCCCGCUUGUCUCUCGCAUCACCUGUAUAAUGUCUCCGUGGACAUGGGCGAGGGUGUUGUUGGGGGAGGACGGUGCUUAGGGGGGGGGGGGGGAUAUAGCAACUCUUCUGUAUGUGUGUUCUCCUCUUCCCCACUCUCUCUUGCUAUAUUCUUCGCAUUUGACCUGUUGGGACAAAGGCUUGAAACUCCACCGUCAAAACACUGACCGACCAGCUGACAAAGAACACACACAAAAAAAAAAAAAAAAGGCUAUGCUAAAUGUUGGAUUUUUUUUUAUAAUAGUCAUAGCGUAAUUCUCAUUUAAGAGGUGAAUCUUAGCUCAAGUAGUGCCCGUGGAAAGCUUUAGCGUGAAGAUUCCACUUUGUGUUUCUCGACAUUAGGAAAAACAAACUUUUAAUUCCUUAAUUUAACUUCUAACAAGGACGGUCGCUGUAAUGUCUCCAGCUGACAGCCCCCCCCCCCCCCUCCCUCCUCUGUCGAGCUAGCUACUGCACAACUCCAUUACAUCUGCCUAAGAGGAGAUGGACAGAGGGAUUCACAGUUCACAUAUCAACAGUGAGGGGGUUCAGACGUUGGUGGAGAGGUGGGGUUUCCACUGUCAGGACACAUGCUGUGACCUUACUCAAAAGACACGCUUUGGGAUGUGAAAGAGUUCAAGUGCAACUAGGAUUGCACACCGGUGACUGCUGUCCUUCCUGUUUGUGUGUGUGUGUGUGUGUGUGCGUGCGUGCAUGCGCGCUUGAGAGUUUGUGUGUGUGUGUGUGAGUGAGUGAGAGCAAUUAUGCAUGCACACAUUAGUGUGAGUUAACAUUUGUGGGUGCAGGUUUAAUUGGCGCGUGUUUUUUUUUGUUGUUUUUUUUUGUAUGUGUGUUCAAUUCACACCAGCAGAAGGUUCACACCCCCCCCUCGCUCCCUUGUGCUCCUGAUCCCAUAGUAAAAUUGUAAAGAGGAUUUUAAACCAAUUCUAAGUUAGCCAAAGCCCCCAUAGGGACCUCUAUCUGUGGAACAAACAAUACUUGAGAGACAUUUUGUAAAAGGAAAACUUUUCUUUAAUCCGGGGCUUUAAUUUUUACAUUAGAAUUUCUUUCUCCUUUACCACGUGGCAUUCGAAUGGCACUGAGUUAUGGGCAACGAAUCGCCCCUGUGGGUAAAAAGAAAAGGACGUUUGGAAAAUGAAGAAAGGAAAAAAAAGAGCAGUUUGAGGCAUGUUUAAAAAAAAAAAAAAAAAGAAAAAAAAAAAAGUUGUAAAACUGUUGUGUUAUUAGCAAAGGGUCAUUUCAUAUGAGAAGUUAAUGAUUGUAAUUACUGAACGAGUAGUUGGCGCGGCCCUCGAGACGAGAGGCACCGAUAACCAGAACCACUCUCUGAACACACAACGUUCGGGAGUGUUGUUGCGAUCCUAAAACACACGCACACACAAACUGCCUUCCUGUUCAUACAGUUGCACACAAACCGUCAGUAUGUAUGACACCUCCCCACCCCCACUGCACUUCGAGUGGUCUUUUUUUUCUUUGCUCGCUCGCAUCUACUGCAAUGGCACAAAUCCAUGAGCUUCUUAUGGUCGCCUCAUUGGCUGUUCUGAUGGCUUAAAAGGUCGCAUUGGCAAAGACUCAAAACCUAACCCGAGAUUGCUAAAGGAAUUGAACCCUCGCCACGCCUCUACGCAUCCAAAAGCAGUGACUGAUCAUCUCGUAGGCGUUAUAGAACUGAACCUUGCCACAUAAAAGGCAUAGCAGCCUGGUCUCGAGGGUACUACUCUUGGAAAGGAGAGAUUAAGCAUUAACACCCCCCCACACACACACACACACACACACCUUUGCUCUCCAGCCAAGUUAUUCAGUGGUCAGUGCGCCAUUCAAAGCUUUCUUCCUCCCUUUUUCAGGGUAUGUAAUGACUAUUUGCUACAGACUGAUAUACAGUAAAACAUGUUUAAAAUCAGUGCUUUUCUGUCUGUUUUUAUUGAACAUUUUUGUUACUUCAAUUUUUUGUUCACAUUAUAUCAUUUUUUUGGUUGACCUCUAUCCCUGUAUGAUCAUAUUAAAAUAUAACCAGACA